AUCUAACAUCUCCGGCGAGAACGAGGAAUACCAGACUCCCUUGGCGGAUGUGGACACCUAAGCUGUGGACAUGGAAAAGAUAGUGAAUUUAUCCGUUUCAGUUCUGCUGGUUUUAUGGGGAUGCGCGCUUGGCGGCUCGCCCAGUGUUCAGAUUGGGGGACUCUUUCCAAGGGGCGCCGAUCAAGAGUACAGCGCGUUUCGGAUAGGAAUGGUUCAGUUUGGCACUUCGGAAUUCAGACUGACGCCUCACAUCGACAAUCUGGAAGUGGCGAACAGUUUCGCUGUCACCAACUGUUUCUGUUCACAGUUCUCCAGAGGAGUGUACGCCAUUUUCGGAUUCUACGACAAGAAGUCUGUCAACACCAUCACGUCCUUUUGUGGGACACUCCAUGUCUCCUUCAUCACACCCAGCUUCCCUCUGGAUGGGAAUCAGCAGUUUAUCAUCCAGAUGAGACCUGACAUCAAGGGGCCCCUCCUCAGCCUUAUUGAGUACUACAAGUGGGACAAGUUUGCCUACCUGUACGACAGCGACCGAGGCCUGACAACGCUGCAGGUUGUCCUGGACACAGCAGCAGAGAAGAAGUGGCAGGUGACAGCCAUUAACGUGGGGAACCUGAAAGACGAGAGGAAGGACGAGGCCUACCGCUCGCUGUUCCAAGACCUGGAGAACAAGAAGGAGAGAAGAGUGAUCCUGGACUGUGAACAGGACAAAGUAAAAGACAUCAUGGAGCAGGUCAUCACAAUUGGCAGACAUGUGAAAGGCUACCACUAUAUUAUUGCCAAUCUGGGUUUCAUUGAUGGAGAUCUAUCCAAAAUCCAGUAUGGUGGUGCCAAUGUGUCAGGCUUUCAGAUUGUUGACUUUGAUGAUCCUUUGGUGUCCAAGUUUGAUCAGAGAUGGGAAGCCCUGGAAGAAAAGGAGUAUCCCGGUGCUGACAAUAAAAUAAGGUACACAUCUGCGUUGACCUACGACGCGGUACAGGUGAUGACAGAGGCUUUCCGCUACCUGCAUAAACAGCGCAUCGACUUCACCAGGAGGGCCAACAAUGGCGACUGCCUGGCCAACCCUGCUGUGCCCUGGGCUCAGGGAGUGGAGAUCGAGCGAGCACUAAAACAGGUGCGAGUGGAAGGCCUGACAGGAAACAUCCAGUUUGAUCAACACGGCAAGAGAGUCAACUAUUCAGUGAACGUAAUGGAAUUGAAGAGUAAUGGUCCAGUAAAGAUUGGAUACUGGAAUGAAGUGGACAAAAUGGCUGUAACCAAAUCUGAUGUCUUUUCAAAUGAAACAACAGGAAUGGAAAACAAAACCGUUAUUGUCACCACCAUCUUGGAAGCUCCAUAUGUAAUGCUGAAAAAGAACGCUGACCUUUUUGUAGACAAUGACCGUUAUGAGGGUUAUUGUGUAGAUUUAGCUGCGGAGAUAGCAAAACACUGCGGCUUCAAAUAUCAACUGAAAAUUGUGGGGGAUGGGAAAUAUGGAGCCAGAGAUGCGGAGACCAAAAUCUGGAACGGCAUGGUUGGAGAAUUAGUGUAUGGGAAAGCAGACAUUGCUGUGGCUCCUCUGACCAUCACUUUGGUACGAGAGGAGGUGAUUGACUUCUCCAAGCCCUUCAUGUCUCUGGGAAUCUCCAUCAUGAUCAAGAAGCCUCAAAAAUCCAAACCAGGAGUCUUCUCUUUCCUGGAUCCACUCGCCUAUGAGAUCUGGAUGUGUAUUGUUUUUGCCUACAUUGGUGUCAGCGUGGUCCUGUUCCUCGUCAGCCGCUUCAGCCCGUACGAGUGGCACACUGAGGAAUAUGAGGAUGGGCAAAUCCAGACCAAUGAGUCGACUAACGAGUUUGGCAUAUUUAACAGCCUGUGGUUCUCUCUUGGAGCCUUCAUGCGACAAGGCUGUGACAUUUCACCUAGAUCUCUGUCUGGGCGUAUUGUUGGUGGUGUGUGGUGGUUCUUCACUUUAAUUAUCAUCUCCUCCUACACGGCUAACCUGGCUGCUUUCCUGACUGUUGAGAGGAUGGUGUCUCCUAUUGAAAGUGCAGAGGAUCUGGCUAAACAGACUGAGAUAGCCUAUGGGACUCUGGACUCUGGCUCCACUAAAGAGUUUUUUAGGCGCUCAAAAAUUGCCCUCUUUGACAAAAUGUGGACAUACAUGCGCAGUGCGGAGCCCUCCGUGUUUGUGAAAACCACAGCGGAGGGCGUUCUGAGGGUCCGCAAGUCCAAGGGGAAGUAUGCCUACCUGCUGGAGUCCACCAUGAAUGAGUACAUCGAGCAGCGAAAGCCAUGCGACACCAUGAAGGUGGGAGGCAACCUGGAUUCCAAAGGCUACGGGAUUGCCACGCCGAAAGGAUCCUCAUUAAGAACACCAGUAAACCUUGCGGUAUUGAAACUCAGUGAGCAAGGCGUCUUAGACAAGCUGAAAAACAAAUGGUGGUACGAUAAGGGUGAAUGUGGAGCCAAGGACUCUGGAAGUAAGGAGAAGACGAGCGCCCUCAGCCUGAGCAACGUGGCUGGGGUCUUCUACAUUCUGGUCGGAGGACUCGGUUUGGCCAUGCUGGUGGCCUUGAUUGAGUUCUGUUACAAGUCCCGAGCCGAGGCGAAACGAAUGAAGAUGACCUUUGGGGACGCCAUGAGGAAUAAAGCAAGACUUUCCGUCACUGGGAGUACUGGGGAGAAUGGUCGGGUGAUGACACCGGAGUUUCCUAAAGCUGUCCAUGCUGUCCCUUACGUGAGACCUGACAUGGGACUAAACGUCAGCCUGACAGAUCUGUCCUGAGCAAUGAGAAAAUUCUGAGUGCCUUACAAUGGUUUCAAUAGAGCGAUUUUUUUUUUU